AUGUACCCCACUGACGGAAUUCGUUCUCAACUCGAAUGGAACUCGACUCUGAGCACUGAGCACGCCCCGCUCGCCAGCGACACCAACAAGCACAAACGCAAGACAUCCAUUAUCGCCACUAUCGGCCCCAAGGUUAAUUCUAUCGAGAAAUUGGCUGAGCUCAGACGCGCUGGCGUUAAUGUUGUUCGCAUGAAUUUCUCCCAUGGCUCAUAUGAGUACCACCAGAGCGUCAUUGAUAACACCAGGAAGAUGGUUGCUGCCGACCCCACAGGACGCCCCGUAGCCAUUGCUCUCGAUACUAAAGGACCUGAGAUUCGCACGGGCCUGACCAAGGAGGGCAAAGACUGGCCCAUUGCCGCUGGCCACGAAUUCACCAUCACUACCGACACCAAAUACAGCGAGCUUUGCGAUGACCAGAUUAUGUGGCUUGACUACGUUAACCUCCCUAAAGUUAGUGCUCCCGGGAAACUCAUCUAUGUCGACGAUGGAAUUCUUUCCCUGUUGGUUUUGUCGAUCGACGGGCCUAACGUUCGCGUUCGCGCCUUGAAUUCCGGAAACAUCUCCUCUCGCAAGGGAGUCAACCUUCCCAAAACUGAUGUCGAUCUCCCUGCUCUGUCAGAAAAAGACAAGGCUGAUUUGCAGUUUGGUGUCAAGAACGGCGUCGACAUGAUCUUCGCAUCAUUUAUUCGGCGCGGACAGGAUGUCCGCGAUAUUCGCACAGUCCUCGGACCUGAUGGUGCUAACAUCAAAAUUAUCGUCAAAAUCGAAAAUGAACAAGGUGUUGCCAACUUUGAUGAGAUUUUGAAGGAAACCGAUGGUGUCAUGGUUGCUCGUGGUGAUCUCGGUAUUGAAAUCCCUGCCAGUCAAGUAUUCCUGGCGCAGAAGAUGAUGAUUGCAAAGUGCAAUAUUGUUGGAAAGCCCGUCAUUGUUGCUACUCAAAUGCUUGAAUAUAACCCAAGGCCCACUCGUGCUGAAGUCAGCGACGUUGCCAACGCCGUUCUCGACGGUGCUGACUGUGUUAUGUUGUCCGGAGAGACUGCCAAGGGUAAUUACCCUAUUCAAUCUGUUCUAAUGAUGGCUGAGACUUGCCUUUUGGCUGAAGCCGCGAUUUGCUACCCUCCUUUGUACGACGAUAUCAGGUCGAUUCAACCCCGACCCACCGAGACUGCCGAGACAGUGGCAAUGGCUGCUGUUGCUGCUGCCUCCGAGCAAGGCGCUAGUGCCAUCCUUGUUCUUUCAACAAGUGGAAACACUGCACGCCUCGUUUCUAAAUAUCGCCCUUCUGUACCCAUCAUCACUGUCACCCGCAACCAGCAGACCUCCAGGCAAAUUCACUUGCACCGAGGAUGCUACCCCUUCUGGUACCCUGAACCCAGAGGCAUCGAGACUCACCAAUGGCAAACUGACGUCGACAACCGAAUCCGAUUCGGUUUGCGCAGUGCACUUGCACUCAACAUCAUCACCCCCGGAUCCACCAUCGUUGCUGUACAAGGCUGGAAAGGUGGUCUUGGUCACACUAACACUCUCCGCGUGCUCUCCGUGCCCACCGAUAGUGCUGAUUUGGAGCUGCAACCACUUGGUUCCGCCUAA